AUGGUGGUCCUUCAUUCCACCCUCACUGCAGCCCUGUGCCUCUUCGCCGCUACUUCAGCCACGGCGUCCUCAGGCCAGAUACCUUUGUCGUUCAACGACGAUACCCCAGACUACCAAGAGUUCUCUCAUGGACGGAAACAAUUCUCCCAGAAAUUCCUGGAUGGUUAUAGUUUUCUCAAACAUUACGGCGGCCUUGGGCCCUAUUCGGACCGUGAGUCCUAUGGCAUCGAUCGUGAUACCCCGGCCGGCUGUGAAGUCGAUCAGGUGAUCAUGAUCAAACGCCAUGGUGAACGAUUUCCCACGACUAACACGGGGAAGUCCAUGGCAAAGACUCUGCGCAAGCUGGACGACAUCGACGUCUCCAGCCGCGAUGGCGAUCUAGCCUUCCUCAAACAUUGGACUUACUAUGUCCCGUCUGAGUGCUACCUCAACGCGGAGACCACCACGGGCCCAUACGCGGGCUUGCGGGACGCUUUCAAACAUGGAAAGCAGUAUCGGAAGCGAUACGGCCAUCUGUGGGAUGGACAAUUGACUGUGCCUAUCUUUGCAGGUGAUUACCCGCGUGUCAUUGACACCGCCCAUGUGUUUGGGGAGGGAUUCUUCGGCCACCAUGCGUACAAGACCAAGGCGGCGAUGAAUAUCAUCUCCGAGGAUGUGUCGCAGGGCGCGGAUAGCUUGACACCUGGGUGUCCUAGUGGCAACAAAGAUCAUCCUUGUAGUAGAAAAUACCUCUUGCCUCAGUUCGACGUAGCGGCAGAUCGGUUGAAUUUUCAGUAUGAAAAUCUAAAUCUGACUGCUGCUGAUAUCCAGAACCUGAUGAGUGUGGCGGCAUUUGAGCUGAAUGCCCGUCCUUCUUCUCCCUGGGUUGACGUCUUCACCCUUGACGAAUGGGUAAGCUUUGGAUACAGCCAGGAUCUGUGGUUCUACUACUGUGCUGGCCCCGGAAACGACUACAUGUCCGCCGUGGGCUCGGUGUACGUGAAUGCCAGUCUCACUCUUCUCAACCAAGGCCCGUCAGCUGGGCGCCUAUCUUUCAACUUUGCCCACGACACCAACAUCGUCCCAAUCGUCACUGCCUUGGGCCUUGCUACCCCCACCGAGCAUCUCCCCGUCGACCGAAUUCCCUUCGGCAACCCAUUCUCGAUCGGCAACAUCGUCCCCAUGGGAGGCCAUUUAACCAUCGAGCGUCUAACCUGCGAUGCCACCCCCAUAUCCUCAGCCGGUACAUACGUGCGUCUUGUCCUAAACGAGGCCGUGGUUCCCUUCCACUUCUGCCAGUCAGGUCCCGGGUACUCCUGUCCGCUAGACGAGUAUACGUCGAUUCUGUCUGAGAGUUUGCCAAACUACGUCGACAAAUGCGGUAUCCCCGAGUCUGAUCCGCAGUAUCUUGAUUUCUGGUGGAAUUAUAGUGACUCGAAUAAGGAUAAUUUCCUUAAUAAGACGCAGCCGUGUCCGUGA